UAGAUUUGAAUCAUUAUUGUUCCAGUGACCAGCGCCAUAAGUGACGUGCGUAAAUCACGUCACUCUACAUUUGUACCGAGAAGACCUAUGAUCAGUUGAGCUGCAAUUAUUGUUGAGAGCGGACGCGUAAAGAUUCCAAAAUGCGUUGGCUACGAACUGUAGCCGUCUGUGUGGCCUUGAUCGCCGUGAGCGUUGCUAGCGAAUUAUUCAUCGUCGGACCAGAUUUUUUUCGCUCCAAUCAAAACUACACUAUGGCGAUUCAAAAUAUGAAAAACAAAACAGUUACGGUGGCCGUCUGUCUGGAAGGAUUCAGUGUAGAGAGAAGUGUUUUUAGUAUCACAAAAUAUGUGUUUUUGCGCUCGAACAAGGCACGAUCGAUCACCUUUCAGAUACCGUACAAUGAAUCAACUAUAAGCGGAACACUAACAAUCGAAGGAAUAAACCGCCUGGUCUUCCGCGAAUCAGUUGAUCUCGAAUACAAACCGAAAUCUGUGCGUGGUCUCAUACAGCUUAGCAAACCCGUCUACAAACGCGGAGAAAAUGUUCAGUUUCGUGUGAUUUUGUUAGAGUCUGAUAUGAAGCCACCUUCAAACACUAAUAUAACAGUGACUGUUCAGGACCCAUUCGGUAACAAUCCUCGCAAAUGGUUUAAUGUGCGACUGUACAACGGAGUGUUUGAAGGAGAAAUGGACACAAAUAGCACAUCUCCAAAUGGCCAGUAUAAUAUCAAAGUCGAUGCAAACAAUGGGCAAUUGGUUUCCAAAACGUUCGAGGUUGAUGAUUAUACGUUAUUCCCCAUCGCCGUGGAUGUCUCUCUAGCAAGUUUCCCUCUCCAAGAAAACCAAGCACUGAAUCUUACGAUAGUGGCCAAUUACUAUUUCGGCAAGCCAGUCAUCGGCACUGUGAAGAUGGAACUGUAUGGCGAAGAUGGCUCUAAAAUAUUUGGAGAGUCUAAGGAAUGGGAAGUUUACGGAAUGCUCCAAGUAUUCCUUCCAUUUGAUAAACCGCUGAGACAAAAUGAUCAGCAUGAGCAGAAUGUGAAGGUUCGUGUCUUUUUCACCGAGAUAGACACAAAUCGUACAGUUAAUGAGACAUAUGACUUUACGGUAUACAAGUACAAGUAUCAAGCUAAGCUGGAACAAGUGACCCAAGAUCGAAAUCUGAGCGAACCUCAAUAUACUCUUAAGAUCACACAAGGCGAUGCACCAGCAAAAGCAGUGACUGUUCGAGUUGAUGAAGGAAGUUUGUCUUCGAAAAGCGACCCGAAUAAGGACUACCGAACUACUACCUACUACACGAGUGAUGAGGAGGGCAAUAUUAAUCUAUCAAGUCCGUCCAAUUCUACCCAACUUAUUCGUGUUUCGUAUGAUGGUGAUGUAAUAUUGUCCGUAAGAAUCGAUCAUCGACAACAGAAGUUCAGCCCAUAUAUUAGUGUGGCAUUGAAAUCUGAUGUUAAACGUAAUGAAAAACUGCGCGUUGAUAUCUCAUGCUCUCAUCCGAUGACGUUCUUCACGUACUACGUCGUAUCUAAAGGAACUAUCGUUGAAGCUAAGCGCAUUCCGGUAAAAGAAAAGCCUACACACAGUAUGGUUUUGCAUGUGACGGAUAAGCUGCUGCCUAGAUCGACGGUUUUAUUUAUAACUAUGGUGAAUAACACCAUUGUACACGAUCACGCGUACAUCGAGUAUAACGAAUUUGCUAAUAACUUUGAUCUCAGGAUGAUGAAUGAAGGAGCUGCAGUGAGGCCAGGCGGUCAAAUUGAGCUAAACAUCACGGCACCAAAAAGAGCGUACGUGGCUCUUACAGCGUAUGAAAAAUCGUUUUUAAACCACCAUGGCAUAGACCACGACAUAGUUUUCAAAGAUAUUCAGCAGAUAUUUGAUGAUUUCCAUAGAAUCGAUGAGAACAAUUAUGAUUUUUUUCAUACCAUAGGACUGUUUAGCCGACCAUUAGUUAGUGAUGUCAUUAACCGGUCUUCUCGUCAAACUACUAGCCACCCUCUUACCAGUCGCAGAAAAAUGGGUAAAAUAAAAUGGAGAGCAGGGAAUAACCAUAACUGGCUGUGGAAGAAUGUGACUAUUUCUGAUGCAAGACAAAAAACUCUCAUUGAACAUUUACCAAACGCACUAACAUCGUGGUACUUGUCUGGAUUCUCCAUCGAUCCAGUGCAUGGGUUUGGGAUCAUUAAGAAACCACUUGAGCUCACCACUGUACAACCGUUUUACAUUGUCGAUUACCUGCCGAACUCUAUCAAGCUUGAAGAGAAGGUUGAGCUGCGGUUCAUGCUAUUCAGCACAAUUGGAGCCGAGUACAAAGCGGAAGUGACGUUGUAUAAUGUAAACAAAACAAUUGAGUUCUCCGAUCGUCCUGCUGAUGCUGAAUACUAUACAAAGUCUUUAUUAGUUCCUACAAACGUUGGUGUUCCGGUUUCGUUCUGGGUGAAAGCAAGAACAAAAGGCGAGAUAAAUGUUCGUGUUAAGGCAUCAAUCCCGGACGUUGCAGAACAUGAUGGUAUGGAAAAAAACAUUCGUGUGAAUUAA